AAACACACUCUAAAACCGCAGCUUACUACCAUAAGUAGUCAAAUUAGUAGUGGUAGUGGCAUUUCUAGAGGAAAGGAAAGUAGAAAAACUCCUCUAAAAAAUUAUUGUGGUAUUCAUCAGUGUGUUUGCAAAAGGAAAAUAAAACAUUGAGCUCAACGUCGUAUCAUAGUUGCUGACUAAUAUUGAGAAAUAAGUCACAGUAUUUCCGUUCUAGGUUGACUGGCUCUCUUCUUACCAGUUGUUGUCAUCGGGUGAGCAAAUUCCGAUGUUUGAGCAUAACUGAGGACAACACAUUGCUGAGUAGAUUGUCAACAUCGGGUGGAUUCAGUGGUCUAUGGUGGACUCAAUCUAGAAUUUGAGACGCGUUGCUGACAAUGGACGUGUCAAUCUCCAAUUUCCAGUCUUCGGCUGAAAUUCAGCGUGUCAUUGACAAGCUGCAAGCCGCUCGGGAUAGUUUUGUAAGGAAAGAGCAGGAAAAGCAACCGGCAGUGUCCAAUACUUUACCAGAACCGGAGGGACUGACAGAAGAAACCGCUCAAAGUCUUAUCAACGAUGAAACAUUCGUGUGCCUUGAGGAUAAUGACCUUAUCGACGUGUCGGCUUUAGAAGAAGACGAAGAUAUUUCACAGUGGUUAGUGAAGACCAAUAAUAAUGUUAGCAUCGCAGAGUUGGAAGCUGAUCGAUCCUAUAUGGAUGUGGCCAUGAUUAACGUUCAAAAUUCACUUGUAAAUCUAGUUAAGGGAUACAUUUUUGAACAAACGACGAAACAAAUGCUUCAAAGCCCUAGACAUGUUAUCCCCAAGAGUGUUUCAUCUCCGACUCCUAAAAAGUUGUACAACGUUUCUCCUCCGAGUCAUAUACAUCGAAGGAACAGUAAUUCAUCGGAUUGUUCCAAUCCGGAGCCUGUGCUAGCAUCAUCGCCAAUCACUAAUACUCCUAAAUUAGAACUUGUGGAUAUGUUUGACUUGGAGGAUAAUUUAAAUCAUUCGAACAAUUUCAUUGGAACUCCUCCGCGAUAUGUAGACAGUCGCACUUAUACGCGACCAAGAAAGACCCGCAUGUCCUUGGAUGGACAUCUUCAAGCCACAGGGGGUUUUAAUACGCUCACGUUAAAGCACAAUACCCCUUUGAUGUCUUUACAUAGACAAGCGGAAGCAUAUCCUAACAAAAACAACAACCUUAAUGAGACAUAUUCGGUGAACAACGAUGACGACAUCGCAAACUCUACAUAUACAAAGUCAGAUUCUUUGAAUGAGGGUGACGAGACUGCGUUAUUGAAUACCACGAUUACCAUAAAACCGUCGACUAUAUCUCCACGGAACCGCCAAAUGACGCGGAAUGAUUCAUACAUUAUUUCUAAAUCGCCAAAUUCGAAUGUGCAUGACCUGAAUGCCACGUUUGUCUGUGCCCCUACUCCAUCCAAUGAUCCAUCCAAUACGAAUAAUCCAAACGACAGUGUCAGUAAUUUGAGCAUGGAAGAGUUGCAUGUAAUGGCCAGGCUCCAAGAACAAUCCCUUAAGGAUGCGUCUCCAUCUCGAACGCUAACAAGAAAAGAGACUCGUGUGCUAAUGUCUUUUAACAACUUUGAUGCAAGUCUCCGUCCUUCAAGGACGUCAUCAACAGAUACAUAUUCAGUAGGUCAAUCGAAUCCUGAUUCUCCUGGAUCCUCAGCUUCGGGUUUAUCGAGUCCUUUAGAAGCUCAAUCGUAUGACAACAUCCAAGGAGCUGAAACUUUUCGACGUAGUAUGCCUGACCUAGCCAGUCGUCGUCUCUCCGCAUCUGCAGCGUCCGGACGGACAUUAUCACUUGCUCCGCCAAUUAAUCUAUUAAAAUCUAAGGCAUACCACACCAGUGAUACGAGACUUGUACAUGCCGGAAGUAACAGUCGGUUAAGUAUGCUACCAACCAACGGUUUCGGUUAUAACCGAAACACCAGAAAUCAGUCGCCGGAUCGAAGUAGCAGUUCUAGUGUAGAAACGAAUAAUUUAUUACCAUUGAACCAACCUCGAACCAGACCAACGGCUCCUGGGGGUAUGAAUGCAGGUAUAAGACCAGGACAACGAAUGUUUUCUGCGCCCCAGCCACGGUGCCCGACAAUCGUCAAACCUGUCAUUCGGCCACAGUCCUUUUUACCUACCCCCGGAUUUUCUCAGACUCGCCCAACAUCGAGAAUUCCAGCCCCAGGGGCUGGACGAGGAAGACUGAGCCGUCCAAGCACUGCUCCGCAUCGUCAAGCAAUGUCCAACAACAAACAGCCAGAGUGGAGGGACGGUUGUUAUUGAUGAUGGUGGAACAUUGGUCAACAUGUAUAUGUAGUCUCUCUCAGCAAUCUUAAAUAAUCUAUCCGGUUGAAACUAGUUCCUCAUGAUGUUUUCAUUAAGACCAAGUCCUCUUCCUGUGCACGCAUGUCAUAUGAUUGUAAAUUUAACUCAAGUAUGAAAUCAAAUUUCAUCUUGCCAACUCAAAUUGAAAAGACUGAUAUCAAAAUUGCUAUUGUUGUAUGGUUUCACACUUAUUAAAACAAAUAUAUUGCUGGAUUGUUUUUCUGCUUAAACUUUAAAAAUGUUGAUACAAAUAAGUAAUUUAUGCUGAUUCGUCGAGUUAAUUAUUUUGUUGCUUCCUAAUUAGUUGAAAAUGAAGAACACACAAUAUUCUGAAUGUACUAUACUAGUACCCACCUUGUAUAAUUUUUGUUACCAAUGUACCACAUCCUAAACAUAAGGCCAAUUUAGGAGGGUUUCCAUUCUGUUUUAAUUAUCUAAAAUAUCUAUUUCACAAAUCAAUUUAGUCAGUGGAUUUGUGUGGGUUGACACUUUUUGCUAACUAACUAAGCUUUACAACAACAAUUCAUAUGCGACAAAUGUUUCUAGGCUUAAAACAUAUGCGGGUGCUACAAUUGAAUUAAUUAAUAUCAAUGCAGUUUGCAAGUCAAUGUCAAAAUUAUAUUUAAAUUUAAGAUAGUUUAAUUUGACUAGCAAUAAGGAUCAAUGCAAUUUCUACAAUCGUAGCAAUAUCAAUGUGCCUCAAUGAGAUGCUUUCAUAUCUAGGAUUUCGUAGUAUUACCCAUUCUCAGAAUCAUUCAUACAGUUUUCCAAUUAAACUUAAUGAAGAAAACCAAACGGACAAUUGACGAUAGCAGGAACUGUUUAUGAAUAACUGUUGUUUACACUUUACAAGUUUUUAUUAAUGCCCAAAUUUUGUCAGCGUUUCCGACUCAAAAUUAUCGAAAUAUUAUAUUUAUAACUUUCCCUAAAUACAAACUUGGUAGAAUAAUCUACGUUAUUUUCUUACUAUCAAUCAAAUAAUUGUACACAACUAUUUAUAAACGACUGACUCAGUGUGAUAACCUGUAACCGAUUGCGUCCUUGGAAUUAAUGACUCCUUUACUAAAUGCAUGAGAACAUACUUAAUAUUGGUUUGUAGCGAACGUACAUCUUCUGUAGUCAACGUUUCACGGUAAUUGAAUGAGGCAGUGGGAGUAAUUAUUAUAGGAAUUUAGGUUAUCAUCUGAAUAUUGGUACCGAAAACUGUUUGAUAUUAAUUAAGUUUACGUUCAGUAUUGUCAUAUUUAUUUCCUAGCAGUAAUUGGAUUUGUUAUAUGAACGUUAACGUCUUCCAUGUUAGGUGGGUUAUGAAUAAACAUAUUUAUCAAUAUCUCA